AUGAGGCCUGCAAUUCGAGAAAAAGAACAAGAGAUGAAGAUGAAGGAGGACGGUAAACCCCCAACGAAGUACAUGGACCCAAGUAUGUACAAAGCCGCCAAAGAAGGCAACUUCACUGCCCUCGAAAACUCGAUCCGGAAAUAUGGAGAAGACGAACCCUGGCUAGACCUCCUCAAACUAGAGACCCGCAAGGGCAACAAUCUCGUCCACCUCGCGGUGGAGUCGGGCCACGAGGACUUCAUCAAGCAGGUCCUCCGCGAGUGCCCCCAGCUCGUGGCCAAGCCCAACAACUCUUGCCACGGAGCGGACCCGCCACUUCACGUCGCAGCGCGGACACACCACUUCAAAGUCGUGGAGACCAUCCUCUACGAGGCCAAGCUACGGGAGGGGAAGGCCACCACCGAGACGCCAUGCACACAGAAGAUGAAAGAGAUGGAGAAUGGGGGCACAGCCAGGAUCAAUACCAGCUUGCUGAGGAAGACGAACGGGGCCGGGAACACAGCGCUGCACGAGGCGCUGAGGAACGGGGAUGAGAAGAUGGGGAUGUUACUGUGGAAAGAAGAUGAAGAGAUGGUGGGGAGCGUCAACAAGGCCGGCGAGAGCGCAUUGUAUGUGGCGGCUGAGUUAGGGAUUGAGAAAGUGGUAAAGGAGAUGGUGAAGUUCUUGGAGAGCGGCAGGCAACGUGAAGCAGAUUGCGUGGAAGCUCUCAUAAAUCUCAAAGGAUCGGAUAUGAUCAACAAGGCCGACGACAACGGAAGAACUGCCCUGCACUUCGCAGCGAAAGGCGGAGAGAAAGACAUCGCCACCCGCCUCCUCCUAGCCGACCCUUCCUCGGCCUACACCAAGGAACGCAUCCAUGCCCCACUGCUCGAAGCCGCCUCGCUGGGCCACCUCCACGUCCUGAGAGAGAUCCUCGAGCACUGCCCCGACAAGGUCGAGGUCGCCGACGACGAGGGCCGGAACGUGGUUCACCUCGCGCUGAAGUGCGGGCCGAAACACUCCAAGGCGGUGUUGAGAUUGCCCGAGCUGGUGAGGCUGGUGAACGAGGCCGACCGCUUUGGGAACACGCCGCUGCACGUGGCGGCUGGGGACCUAAACUACAGAAUGGUGAAGAGGUUGCUGAAGAUUCCUGGGGUGGAUCUGAGGGCCAAGAACGACGAGGGCUGCACGUUUCUGGAUAUUUGUGAGUCUGAGUGGCAAUACACCAAGAGGAAGGUAAUUAUUAGCUCAUCUGACUAA